UUUUUAACUAACGCCUGCUGGAGCAAUUAAACCAGCAACACCAUGGACCUCCCUCACCGCAGCGCCGAACAGCCACCGGCUCCGGCUGCUGAGCCUGCUCAGAAGAAAAAGCCCAAGAAGGCUCCCGGCCCCGGGGCAUCCAAGUCCCUCGAACUUAGCCCUCCUCCGCCCUACUUCGACCACCGUAUCGCUAUCUUCGAGAAACUCAAAGCUCAAUAUGACGACGACGUUGCCAAGAAGCCCCGCGAAUCGAUCAAGAUCACCCUGCCAGAUGGUCGAAUUGAGGUUGGAAAGUCAUGGGAGACCACACCGGCGAUGAUCGCGAAGUCACUGAGCAAAUCGCUGCUCGACCGUACUGUGAUAUCGAAGGUCAAUGGCGAGCUAUGGGACAUAUUGCGGCCGCUUGAGACCGACACCUCACUCGAGUUCCUCGAUUUCGACAAUGAGGAGGGAAAGAAGGUCUUUUGGCACUCGUCGGCGCACAUCUUGGGAGAAGCUGCCGAGCGACGAUUUGGUUGUCAUCUUUGCAUUGGCCCACCCACAGACGAGGGCUUCUACUACGAGAUGGAAUUACCCGAGAAGGCAGCGGUGCACAACGAUGACAGGGAGCCGCUUACGGCCCUCUCAUUGUCAAUCAUCAAGGAACGACAGAAGUUCGAGCGGCUCGUUCUCACCAAGGAAGCUCUCCUGGAGAUGUUUCAAUCAAACCCCUUCAAGCAGCACAUCAUCAAGGACAAGAUCCCAGACGGCACGUCCACCACAGUCUACCGUUGUGGCCCGUUGAUCGAUCUUUGCCGAGGUCCUCAUGUUCCUGACACUGGGCGAAUAAAGGCUUUCCAGGUUAUGAAGCACUCGGCAUCAUACUUCUUGGGAGACCCGAAGGGGCCUUCUCUCCAGCGGAUCUAUGGCAUAUCCUUUCCAGACAAGAAGCUUCUUACAGAGCAUCUCAAGUACCUUGAGGAGGCUGCUAAGAGAGAUCAUCGCAAAAUUGGAAAGGAGCAAGAGCUCUUCUUCUUCCACGAACUUUCGCCAGGCUCUUGCUUCUUCCUCCCUCAUGGCACUAUAAUUUACAACACACUUCAAAAAUUUAUUCGAUCGGAGUACUGGAAACGCGGAUACCAGGAGGUCAUAUCUCCCAACAUGUACAAUUCUGAGUUGUGGAAGAAGUCGGGGCAUUGGCAGCAUUACCACGAGGACAUGUUCACCUUUGAAGUCGAAAAGGAUCAGUGGGCUCUGAAGCCCAUGAACUGUCCAGGCCAUUGCUUGAUCUUCGGAUUUCGAGAACGCAGCUAUCGCGAGCUACCCAUCCGCAUGGCAGACUUUGGUAUCUUGCAUAGAAAUGAAGCUUCUGGGGCUCUCGGGGGCCUCACUCGAGUGAGACGCUUCCAGCAAGACGACUCCCAUAUCUUCUGUACCCAAGCUCAGGUCAGCGAAGAAAUCUCCGGACUCUUUGAAUUCCUGCAAGUUGUUUAUGGAAAUUUUGGGUUCCUUUUUAAGUUGAAACUGUCUACAAGACCUGACAAGUUCCUGGGAGAUAUUGAAACCUGGGAUUUAGCCGAACAACAAUUGGCUCGGGCACUGGAUGAGUUUUCUGCCAAAGGAAACGCCAAGUGGGAACUGAACCCCGGCGAUGGCGCUUUCUAUGGUCCCAAAAUUGACAUCACAAUCAUGGACGCCCUUAAGCGUCAAUUCCAGUGCGCCACUAUCCAACUCGACUUCCAGCUACCGCAGCGCUUCAAGCUCGAGUACAUGACCUCGGAGGUCACGGCAAAACCAAAGGCUCAAGAAGCAGAUGCGAGUGCUGAAGCGACUCCUGCUCCUGCUUCAGGUUCAGCAGUCCAGCCCGCUGCCACGAACGAGCCCGCCGCAGGCUAUGCUCGUCCCGUUAUGAUUCAUCGAGCUAUCUGCGGCAGUUUCGAACGUUUCAUUGCCAUUCUCACUGAACAUUUCGGCGGCAAAUGGCCAUUCUGGCUGAGUCCUCGCCAAGUCCUCAUUAUUCCGGUAAUGUCGUCGGCUUCAGACUACGUGAAGGAGGUUCAUACAAUCCUGAGAUCGCAUGAGAUACACGCCGACGUUGACCUCGGAGCGAACACGCUGAACAAGAAGGUCCGCAACGGUCAAUUGUUGCAAUACAACUUCAUCUUCGUUCUAGGUGCGCAAGAAAUGGAAAAUCGCUCAGUGAGCAUUCGCAUUCGGGAUUCUACUGGGGCUCAAGCGGUUUUGCCGCUCGACGAAGCUAUCCAGAAGCUGUGUGCCUUACGGGAGAGUAGGAGCAUGGUGACUGAGGUUUGAUUGGUUCAAUAGGUUAGACACUCCAAUAAUACACACGCACGAUAUAUGAUUACCAAACCUCUCUAUCACUGCAUGAGGUGCCUCGUGCUAUCUCCAGAAAUCUGUAUCUUAGCAUUUUGAUCAUCUCGUAACGCCGUGAGGCCACCUCAGACGGAGUUAGACCGGAGUACACAUGAGUGCUCAAAGCAACUCGAUAGAUUCAAAGACGGUUAAGAGUUAAGGAACAUGCCUCUGAUAUUAACAACAAUGCGU